AUGACGAACAGCGAGGCCCGCGACUUAAUGGCGCAGAAUUCCCACGACGUAACGAUUCUUGACGGCGAACAGGCGGACGCCAUCAAUCUCGUGAAUAUACGCAAUAACGGUGAUAUCAUCAUCGGCGACAACGAUAACCAGAUCAUGGUGCUGGAAUCCGGCCAGAGGUCUGCCAGCGGCGGUAUGCCAAUGGACGGCAUCGAGAUCCUCGAGGAUAGAGACAUUAGAAUUCUCGACGCUAAAAGCCUCGACGAUCGUUUCGUGGAUGGCAUGACAUUCCUCUCCCAGACGAAAAUCGACGAUCUCCUGCUGGGUCCCAAAUCGCUGCCUAUCGAUGGCGAUGGCGCUCUCACCGGGCACGACGACGUAAUGGCAGUGACGUCGAACCAGCAGGAUCUAACGAGCAUUUUGGGUCAUCCCUCGAACCUGUCCGCCAGCUCGCAGUCCUCGUUAUCGUCUCUGUUAAUGAAGAACCAUCCGCCGUUGUCGUUGUUGAGCGAGACGUUACCGUAUCUAAAGAGCGGUCAGAGCCUCACGGAGGAUCUAAACAUUCUUGGUGUCUCCACCAUGGAGGAUCAUCACUCGGACUACGACCCGAAGAUGAAAUUGCCCUCGGUCUUCGACGAUGACUGCGACACCGGCUUAAUGCCCUUCAGCCAAUCGGACAUGAAGAUACUCGAGUCCGGAGGUCAAUCGUGUAUGAAG